ACUAAAAAGUAAAAAAGCAGUCAAUGUCUGCUAUCAUCUAAUCGACUACUACUUGCCCUUUAUCUUCUACAUUACUUCUCUCCAAGGCGUUGAAAUUUUUGUAGAGAGAGAGAGAGAGAAGAUCUGAUACCCUUCUAAUCAAUUCUUCGGGGCUACAGGUGAAUUCAGGAGUAAUGGCCUUUACUGUGAAGCAAAUGUCCCUGAUUGUGGCAACACUUGGGGUAUUGUCCUUCAUAUUUGGAGUUAUUGCUGAAAACAAGAAGCCUGCAUCUGGCACUACCAUAACCGGGAAAGGUGUUGUCAUCUGCAAAUAUCCAUCUGAUCCGACUGUGGUGUUGGGAUACUUGUCUGUUGCAUUCCUUGCCGUCUGCACACUUGCUGGUUACUUUUCUUUAUUCUACCCCUACAAAGGGAAGUCUAUUCCCAAGGCGGUUUUAUUCCAAAACAAAGGCUUCCUUGUCUUUGUCAACAUUGCCGUGUUCACGACCGGAUUAGCGGCAGCAAUGUUGAUAUGGCCUACAGUGACUGAACAGCUCCACCAAAUUCACAACGUUCAUCACAAUUUGGAAACCGAGUGCCCUACAGCCAAGACCGGCAUUUUGGGCGGAGGAGCAUUUCUGUCUCUGGAUUCCUGCCUCUUCUGGUUGGUUGCUUUGAUGUUAGCCGACAAUGCUCGUGCCGAUUACUUUGAGGAGUCGGAUGAAAAAGUUGCAGGCAGUUACGGUGCUGAUGAGCUUUUCAAGGCCAGUGCUUGAGUUGUGUAUUCUAAUUCAUUUUCCCUCCAGACUUGGAUAUUAGCUUUCAACUUUCCCUUAUAUAUAUGUGAUGACUUUUAAGAAUUAACAGAACCAUCUGAAGUGUACAUAUUUGGAUCGAUCUUACAUUAUUCUAUUCUUAUUUGUAUAUCAGUGCAUUUUGUGA